GCGUUAUCUGUGCCGAUAACCAGCCAGUUACAAUUUGAUCCAGACCGUGAAUGGACUGCCGAAAAAAUAAAAAAUAUAAAAUAUUGUGAAGUGUGAACAAGUGCAAUGGCUGGAGCAGGCAGAGGGGAGGGGCAAGGUCCCGCAGUCGGCAAACUGGAGUCGCAGAUCUAUUGUAUCAAGUACACUUUAUUCUGUUUCAACGUUGUGCUCUGGCUCUUCGGAAUAUCAGUGUUCGCGCUCUGUCUCUGGAUAUGCAUCGAGCCUGGCUUCAACGAAUGGAUGAGGGUGCUUGAGUUGAGCAAGUACUUUAUUGGUAUCUACAUCAUCCUCAUCGGUGCCCUAGGCGUGAUGGUCACUGCCUUCCUCGGAUGUGGAGCUGCUUUGAUGGAAAACGUCUUCUUGCUUUUUGUGUACAUAGGAACACAAAUAGGCAUCUUUGUCUUCGGCCUGGUGGGUGCUUGUGUGGUCCUGGAUUUCUCCACCUACGAUUCGAGCAUCCAGCCACUGAUCCGUGACGUAAUCGUGAGACUCAUCAACAAUCCACAACACGACAAUAGCCGUGCCAUCUUGAGAAUGGUUCAGGAGGGGAUCGGUUGCUGUGGCGCUGAUGGUCCGAUGGACUUCAUCAACCUGAACAAACCACUUCCAGCUGAAUGUCGGGACUCUGUAACUGGCAACGCCUACUUCCACGGCUGUGUGGAUGAGAUGACCUGGUACCUCGAAGGCAAGACUGGCUGGCUAGCUGGCAUUGUCUUGGCUUCCUGCAUGAUCGCUGUUAUAAAUGCUGUUAUGUCGAUGGUCCUCAUUCAGGCAGUGAAGAAAGAAGAAGAAGAAGCGACGGUAUACAAAAACUAACCUUCUUUAUUCUUAAAUAAAUUAAUAUAGGCAUUAAAAGUGUGUAAUUUCCGAUAUAUUUAGUAAUUUAAAAACGUUAUAAUUCUAAAAAUAGUAACGGGAAUCGUUUAUUGAUGCCAUAUGUUUUGUGUUAUAGCCAUCCACCGUUUUCCAAGUAAGGCUUAGUUUCUAGAAUAAGUUUGCUAAUUAUAAUAUUUGAUAUCUA